AUGAUGCGCCAUCAGUACUGCCUCCCACCCGCGGCUGUCCUUGCUCUUGUGGCCGCCGCUGCCACAGUCGCACACGGACAACAGGUGGGUGGCUGGAAGAAAAUACCUAACCUCAAGGACCCCCUUGUCCAAGAGAUUGCAAAUUUCGCAGUGUCGGAGUACAACAAGAAAUCUCGGCCUCCAGUGAACAAUUUGACGUACUCGGCCUCGUACACAGGCGAGACACAGGUGGUAGAUCAUGACAUCGAGUAUCACCUUAUCCUUGAGGCCUACAAUGUGUCGGAUAGGACGCUGCCUGACCCCCGCUUCACCACCGCAGAUUAUGACAGCUCUUAUCUGGGACAAGCCUCUGCAGCAUUUUAG